AUGUCUAUUGGUGAGGACAAAGUCGAUUACCACGACGGUACCAAUGGCGUUCUCAAGAACCGUCUCAGCCUGAAAGGUAUUCACACCAAGCACAAUUCGAACAACCAAACAAAUACUGUCAUCAUUGUCGGUGCAGGCCCUGUGGGAACAUUCCUGGCCUACAGGUUGGCCAAAGAAGGGAUCAAUGUCACAGUGAUUGAGAAAGAGUCGCAGACUAGCGAAGCACCCAGGGCCGUUGGAUACUAUGCUGCAUCAAUGCAAGCCCUGGUGGAUGCCGGAUUAUACGACAAGAUUCGCGAGGAAGGCUUUAUGGUCAGAGGCCUUGCUUGGAGAAAGCAACCAGUUGGUGAUGGCGAAGGUGGAAAGCAGCUGGGAGAAGAAAUUGCUGUUAUGCCAUUGGCUGCACCAGAUGAUGACCUUAUGGAACCGCCUGCUGGACUUCUCUGUCUCCAGCAAGCGCUGCUCACGAAACUGUUUCUUCGUGAGGCCCUUGCCACUGGAAAAGUGACGAUACUUUUCAAUCGCGAGUUGACCGGCAUUGAAGAUCAUGGCGGGAAUGUUACAGCUACUACUAAAGGCACCGACACAAAGGUUUCAUCUCAGAUGACCGCAUCCUUUCUAGUCGCCACUGAUGGUGGCAGGUCCACUUCGCGAAAGCUGCUAGGAAUAUCAUUCCCUGGUCACACCUGGCCUGAGCGACUGCUCGCCACGGACGUAACAAUCAAGAACGAAAAUGUCCCGACUUAUGCUUGCUAUUAUCAAUUUCAUAAGCUUCAUUACGGAUUGGCUACGCCUCUAACGGAGCCGUUGGAUGGGAAAGAAUCCCUGUGGCGAUAUGCAGUAGCUUUAGAUCCUAACGAGAAUCGAUCCGAUGAGGAGCUUCUAAGCGACGAGCAUAUUGAAAGCUUGUAUGAAGAUGUCAUGGUUGGUCCCAGGCCAUUGAAGGUUCGAAUCGGACGACGGGCCAUUUACAAAAUACAUCAACGGCUGGCGACUACUUUACGACGAGGUCGAAGCUUAUUGGCCGGCGAUGCAGCUCACGUGUGCAACCCGUUCGGAGCUCUGGGUCUCAAUUCUGGUCUUCUGGACGCCGAUGCUCUCAGCGACGCUCUUAUAAUGAUCCUGAACGAAUCCAAGCCCCUAUCAGUUCUGGACCUCUACUCUGAUGAACGACGGAAGGUAUUCCAAUAUUUUGUCGAUCCAACGUCAACGCACAACAAGCUUCGUGUCCAGUUCAACAGCCAAGAGACUGCCGCAACAGAUGAUGAUUUCUUCCGACUAUUGCGAGAAGGAUCCAUGGUGGAUCGGAUGGAAGCAACCAAAAUGUACUAUGAUACUUGGCGGACGAACAUCAGAAAGUUGGCAAAGGCAAAAGGGUACUAG